UUUUGGAAAAAAAUUGUUUUGAGUAGAGAAAUAAGGUUCUGACGUGCUCCAGAAGAAAAAAUUGAGUCGCUGCAGUGGUUGAAUUGAUAAAAAAAAAUGAUCUAAGCAGUUUUUGCAUUUUACCCCUGAACCGAAUCGUAGACUUGAGCAAAACCGUCCGUAAAAACAGGUUAAACCACUACCUCCAUCACGGAAAACCACCGCCUUCAUCGUUGUAAAGUUCGCUGAUGAUUGGUGGAAUUGGAAUCAACUCGGAGUCUUUCUACAUUCUUCUAAGCGGUUUUGGAUUUGUACAAGGGUGGUUUCUGACAAUGUCUACGAGUUGGUUUAAGGGCCUGACACGGUUUAAGGUAUUUCGACGUUAAUCGUCGAAAUCGAAUCAAGCGCAGCAGAGGAAUCCUAGACAGCAACAAUCCAGCUGUUGAGUUGUAUACCACAAUGAACAUAACUCUUUUCCAAGCUCCGAGCACUGUACAUGUGGUUACUAUCCUGGAAGUCGAGCACUUAACAUAGCUCAUCGAAUUGAAAUGGCUGAGGCGAUACUUUCCGAAUUGGCGCGAAAAUCUCGAGAAAGCACUAAACAUAGUACAGGUGCCUCCUCAAGUGGUCUCAAUAGGGUUUCGGAGAACAAUAGGGUCCAUGUCAGGAGGGAUAGCAUUCAAAUCCGAAAAAAGCGAAAAGGGAAGACAGAGGAGCAAGAUUCGCCUAAACAAAGAAAAAAGGUGGAUGCCAAGAACUUGGAAUCGAAUCUUUCGUUCACAAGUUUCCUGAGAUGCUGCCUAAUUUCGUAGAGUCCACAUAUAUGCGGCAGCUGAACUGAGGUUCGAUUGGUGUUCCGAUUAUAGCGCAUCUAAAAUGCUUUGGCUUACUGCCUCCGGGUCGGCUGAAUCGUGCCACGACAGGCAUAUAGUGGAAUUCUCACUUCACGCAAUUGGGGUCCGUGAGUUUGUUUUGCAGCUAGCUACGUGUGAAGCUGCUUCAUGGCGGUAAUACAUCUGAACUGGCGCUGUGAUCCUUCAAUCUGGUGCGCGGUAGGCGUGAACAGGGCUAGGCGCAAUCCCAGGUGAUGCUGUAGCCGGGAAGGAGACAUUUGAAGGAAAUAUGGAGAAAAAUUUGUGAUCGAUUGUUUAGGUCUUGUGAUGUUGAAGGGAGGGAAAUGGUCGUUUCAAUGUUUUUGAGCAGAUCGAUUCUUCGUUGAGUCGAUUCGCUUAUAGCUUCACGUGAGGAAGAGCUAGAGCCUGAAUUUCUCGAUAAUUGUCAAUCUCAAGGGCGUAGACGUGGAUUUGAAUCGAAAGAAUUUCUGCGGGUUUUAGCGCGCAGACAGGAGGGAGGAGUUAAACUAUCCUUGAGGACGAGAGACAUGGCACAGGCAGUGGGAUUGGGAAGAUUACCAGCCCCUCUCUCGGAGGAGAAUAAAGCAUGGAUGACGAAUCAACUGGAAAGCUACAGCACAUGGCAAAUGAAUGCGGCGGGCUUAGGCCGAGCGUUGUAUAUCCUAGCAGCAGUAGUGUUUUCUGCAGUUGUAUGUUUUGAGCAGUACAGCAAGAGGAAAGAGAGGUUGUCGAAGGUGCCACCCGGGCCUUUCCAGUGGCCAUAUCUGGGAAGCCUUCCAUACCUGAUCCGAACUGUAGGUUUAAGAUCCUCGACCAGAUUACGGGAGAAGAUUACUGAGCUUGCAAUGAAGCAUGGGCCUCUCAUGUUUCUGCAAAUCGCGGAUACGCAAAUUGUGGUCGUUUCGAGCGGUAAAAUUGCCAAAGAGGUGCUGGUUGCGCAUGAUGCAGAGUUUUAUUUUCGGCCGCGAUGCUUAGUGGGGAAAUACUUAGGAUUCGAUUCCACGAACAUGGCAUUCGCCGAAGGCAGGAACCAUUGGCGUCUGCGCCAGCUCUGCGACAAACAUCUCUUCUUGCCUGAAUGUUUCGCCUCUUAUGGCCACGUUCAAAAACAAGAAGCGGAGAAAAUGCUGCACUCUGUCUGGGAGGCCACCAAGAGAGGAGAAAACAUAUCUGUUCGACACACAGUUAUCACCUUUGCGCGCAACAGUUUGUGUAGGAUGCUGCUGGGGACAGCUCAUUUAGACAUCGAGAAUACAAGCCUGGAGUUUAAUAAGGAGACCUUGAUCACUUUGCUGGAUGAGGCCUUUGCUGUGGCGGGUGAAACGACGCUCAUCGAUUUGACGCCUGGGCUGAAUUGGCUAGAUUUUCAUGGUCGAGAGCAGAAAAUGAAGUACUUGCGUCGACGGUUGGAAAAAUAUUUUCAAGAGAUUCUUGAUGAUCGUUCACAGCGCUUGGACCGAAGUGAACCUGAGGCUUUUGUGGAUGUUUUGCUAUCUCUGGAUGAGGACAAGACACUCUCCGACGAAGCCAUGAUGGGUGUUCUCUUGGAUACAUUGGUAGCGGGCACAUAUUCAAUCAGUGCCUCUGUAGAAUGGGCUCUUACAGAGCUUGUUCGUAACCCUACAAUGCUUGAGAAUGUCCAAAAUGAAAUAACUCAAGUUGUUGGCCCGCAUCACAUUGUGGAAGUGACGGAGUUUUCUCAGCUUUCUUACUUUCAGGCAAUCGUGAAAGAGACACUCCGUCUUCACCCAGCGAUGCCCAUGUCAAUCCCCCACAUGAAUAAGGUGGCAACUCCUCUAUCUUCAUAUGAAAUUCCUCCAAACACAUCUGUGGUAGUUGACUACGCAGCAAUAGGACGUGAUUCUGAAAUAUGGCCGAAUCCACUUGAUUUUGACCCGAGGCGGUUCACAGACACAGACGCAGCAUCUCAAAUCGACUCAUUCAAAUUUUUGCCCUUCGGGUAUGGUCGUCGUGUAUGCCCCGGGGCAAACCUUGGACUUCGUUUACUGCAACUGGGUUUGGCUCACCUCGUCCAAGGCUUCGACUGGAUCCCAAUCGAAGGGCAGCUCCCUCACGACAUCGAUAUUAAGGAGUCUUCUGGGGCCAUUUGUUUUAAGUCUACACCGCUGAUCUUGAGAGCCAUUCCACGACUAGCUAGCACCUUGUAUGAGAUUUAAACAGGAAGACGUAACCAUUUUCACCAUUCUGAUCCUCAUGAGGCUUGGGCGCAGCCACUCAUCUCUGUGGUAGAACGUCGGUAACGAUGGAUUCUUUCCCUUUCCAAUUCCUCAACAAUCCAGAACCAGCUCUGCAAUUCUGACCUUCAUGCACUUUACAUAGGGAGAGUUUUCAGAGAAACAUUCAUAGCCUAGUUUUGAACUCUUGGGGUGUCACCUUCCAACUAUCCCGGGUGGCUCUAACUUGAUCGUGGAACUGGAACCUGAUGAACAGGUAGCACAAAUAUACGUGCUAAUACCUGUACGCAAAUCGAAAAAGUCAUUAUUGUUAUGUUGGAUUUUUCCUCGUGCAAAAUCGGGCUACGAUGCGGAGUGGAGAAUGAGGUUUCUGAUUA